AUGGCAACCUCCGCGCUCAUAUUAUUAGCAACUUUGGGCACUGCUCUUGCACAGCCCUGGGGAAAAGCCUUGGGGUUGGGGUCAACCAAGUGCUCCCCUUUCCCCAUGCUACUACUCGGCCGAUCUACCAUAGGGAGCAAAGCGGCAGAUUUCAAGAAUAUCUCGGGCCAAUUCUUCGAGAUUGAGUGGGAAGGUCUGACGCCCACUGGGACCACGGGUCGUCAAACAGUACCCGGCGCGACUAGGAAUACCACUGUGCCUACGACUGAGGGAACAUAUGAUGUGGUCGAGACGCUCGCUCGUUAUGAUCAAUACCCGGAUGGCACCUUCGCCAUGUACUUCGAUCUCGGCAAUGCACCGAUUCCGUUUCAAAAUGGCCAAGGCACGUUCGGCGGGUACUGGGUAACAUUCGAGACGGCGUAUACCGGGACGUCCGAGACAUUCGUGUCGUGGAAGAUCAACUCUUGCUUCACUGGAAGUCCUUUCAACUUUACCGAGCUCAAGGAAGGCUCUUUGGCAAACGCGGUCAAGAUUUUGUCUUCACAAGGACAGCUCCACGGGCAGACGUUCCCAGCCACCACGAACGACGUUGCUUGA